UCGCUUCGCGGUUUGAAAAUCGCGGUUGGAGAAACGAGAGAGAAGCGGAGAAAGGCAGAGUUUUUUAGUAAGGCGCGAUCUUAACAGUUGCAUCGAGUAUACGGGCAUAAAAACUAACUAUAAAACGACAAUAAAGCAACAAAUUCGUAAACAAUCAAAACCGAUCCGAUCACCAGUGAUGCUGUAGCUACGUAGACAGGAUGCUUCUGAAGUGACUCGAAUAUGGACCUUGAUUUCUUCGAACUCUCUCCCCAAGAUCUGGAAGACAUAAAUAGCGAUGGAAUGGACAAUCUGGAUCUCCUGGUGCAAGGAGCCUUCGACGAUAGCAUCCAACUAGGCCACAAUGGCCACCUGUCCGCCGGAGGAGGUGGAGUCCACUCCCACAUGGAGGCGCCGCACACACCGCCCAUGAAUGGUUUAGAUGCCCAACUGAGUAACUCCGGACGAGUGGGCAGUACACCGGUGGCGACGCAGGUCCAGACCCAUGUGCAUCCGCAGCUGCCGGAGAGUCCGCCGGAUUCGCAGCCCGCCUACAGUCCGCUGGGCGAGGCUCACGGGAUGGCGAUGCCGGUGGGCAGGGACCUCAUCUACCCCGGUCUGCCGCCCAUGCAGCACCAGGCCAAUAUGCUCCAGACGGACCUGGGUCAAUAUGCCUCCCCUCCGCAGCACCAGCAACAUCAUUUUACGGCUCCGCAGGCCGAUGUGCGGAUCAAGCACGAAUCCGGACUCAUCAUAAAUCCGGGCAACCUGCUGUGCCAGCAGCAACAGCAACAGCAGCAGCAGAUGCACCAGCAUCAGUUGAAUGAGCAGCAGUACCAGGAUGCGAUCCUCCAGGACCAGAUGCUCUACUACCAGGAUAAUGGGGGAGCAGCUGGUGCGGGGAUGUAUGCAUCCGGCAGCUUUCAGAACCUCUCCACCUGCACGCUGACCUCCUCCUUGGGCCUGGGCGAUCGUGUCCAGGUGAUAGGCACCAGUCAGUUGUCCCUGAAUCGUGUGUCCGCUCCCUCGACUCCGGUGCAUUCGCUUUCCCGCAAGCGCAAGAUGUCCACGCAGCUGGAUUGUCCCGACUUUCCGACUGCCCCCAAGGUGGAUGCAGGCCUGCAGAUGAGUCCGCUGCGUCAGUCGCAUCACUCCCUGGCCACGCCCACUCCGGCGCCCUCCCACUGCUCCGCCUCCGUGUCGCCAGCUCUGUCGGCGGUCAAUUCCCAGGCGGAUAACAGCCUGGAUGGUCAGCCCGGGGGAGGAGUGGCCACCGGAUCGGGCUCGGGAUCGGGAUCGGGUUCCGGCAGCGAGGCUGGCGAUCCGGCGGGCGGCCAGUGCAUCCGGUUCAACGGCUUCCAGCCGGAGAACUGGCACAAGCUGUUCGACCAGAGCCUACAGGAGCUGUCUGUGAUCUACUACCGCGUGGAUGCGGACAAGGGCUUCAAUUUCAGCGUCUCGGACGACGCGUACGUGUGCCAGAAGAAGAACCACUUCCAGGUUACUUGCCAUGCGCGCCUCCAGGGCGAUGCCAAAUUCGUGAAGACACCGUCCGGCUUCGAGAAAAUCAAAUCCUUCCACUUGCAUUUCUACGGCGUCAAGUUCGAGGCGCCCAACCAGACGAUCCGCGUGGAGCAGAGCCAGUCGGAUCGCUCCAAGAAGGCCUUCUAUCCCGUACCCAUCGAUCUCCAGAAGCACAUCGUCAGCAAGAUCACCGUGGGUCGCCUGCACUUUUCGGAGACGACGAACAACAACAUGCGCAAGAAGGGUCGUCCCAAUCCCGAGCAGCGAUUCUUCCAGCUGGUCGUGGGCCUCCAUGUGCACACCCAUUCGGGCAACUUUCCGGUGGUGAGUCACGGCAGCGAGAAGAUCAUCGUGCGUGCCUCGAAUCCGGGUCAGUUUGAGUCCGAUGUGGAUCUAUGCUGGCAGCGCGGACUCACCCCGGAAUCGGUGUUCCACACGGGUCGCGUGGGCAUCAACACGGAUCGCCCGGACGAGAGUCUGGUGGUCCAUGGCAACCUCAAGGUGUCCGGCCACAUUGUCCAGCCGAGCGACAGUCGCGCCAAGCAGGAGAUCGGCGAGCUGGACACAUCCGUGCAGCUACGGAAUCUCCAGAAGAUCCGGAUAGUGCGCUACCGCUACAUGCCCGAGUUUGCCGUGCACUCGGGUCUCCGGCGGGAGAGCGACACCCGGGAGAUCGAGGACACCGGCGUGAUUGCCCAGGAGGUGCGCGAGGUCAUUCCGGAUGCAGUCCAAGAGGCUGGCAGCGUGGUGCUGCCCAAUGGAAACGUCAUCGAGAACUUCCUGCUGGUCAACAAGGAUCGCAUUCUGAUGGAGAACAUCGGAGCCGUCAAGGAGCUGUGCAAGGUGACCGGUUCGCUGGAGUCGCGCAUCGAGCAUCUGGAACGAGCCAACAUUGGCCAGAACAGCCAACAACUGCGUGCCAAGGAUCUGCUGGAGCCGCGCUGCAUCCUGCCCGAGCGAGGAGCCAUCAAGUCCUUCGGCAGUCGGCGGGACGGAUACGAGGUCUGCUCCAGUCGAUCCCUGCAGAUCGUCAUCUUCCUGCUGAUCAUUGUAAUGGCAGCCUGCCUGGCGGCGGUAUCCACGUUGUACUUCGUGGAGCACAACAAGCAGCAGCAGAUGGACGGCUACCAGAUCUUCAACAACGGGUUCUUCCGCCCGGAAACGGGGACGACGCACCUGAGCGACGAGGAGCGGCACUACUUCCACAACCUGCACACACUCUUCAAGAACAAGACGCACGGACCGUGGCCAAGUCGGAUGUACCCCACCAGCACGGCCCGUCCGCCGGGAUUCCGGCCAUCCGAUGAGGACGCGGAGGACCUUGCGGCGGUGCUGACCAAGCCACAGGUUUCCGCAUCCACUGGGCAACAACAGCAGCAGCAGCAGAGUCUCAAGCACGGAGUCAUCACGACAACGGCGCCGCGAUUCAGCAACAAGACGAUCAGCAGCAAGAAGGGCAAGUGGCCUCCCAAUCAGGAGGUGCUGCGUCAAAGUGGCGGUCAGAAGUUGCACCUAGCCGGCGUGCCAGUCCAUGUGGUUCCCGCGAAGUCAUCUACUUCUCCAAACGCUGCCGCCCCCAACGACACGGUGGCCUCCACGGAGAAGCCACCCCAGGCCAUUCCCUUGCCCCAGGACUUUGAGAACAACUCCAUUGACAUCGAUGCCCAGCAGAAGCAGUCGCAGCUAAAGCUGGACGAGCACAUCGUGGUGGUCGGGACCAUUGCCAGUCCCGCCUCCGAUGGCUAUGACUCCAAUUCCCCAGCUGUCGCCGCUCAUCCCAUUCGGAAAUUCAAUCCGGGCACCGUUUAUACCCACGUCUACAAGACGGUAUCGCCACCCACGGCCAAUCAGGCACUGACCACCAACAAGGUGAGCACCGAGUCCGCCCCGAGUCCACUGGCCCAGGCCCUCGAUGUGCCGCCACCGGCUCUUCCGGUGAGGAAUAGCAGCGACAAUCCGGAUGCCCUGGACCUGCAGAACCUGAGCAAUACCAACGAGUCCGUGGAUAAUCCUAUUACAGGAGUCUAUGGGGUGUACGAGUACCAGGGACCGGGCCUAAGGGAAUCCAAUCUGGGGAGGCGGUCGGCGAGUCAGCGAAGUCUGGACUGGAUCAGGCAGAAGACCUUCAAGGCGGAGCUCGUUGGACAGCCGGCAGAGUGCAAUGGCGAUGAGUCGGUCAGCGAUAAUUGCCAGUCCGUUUGCUUCGAGGAGUUGCCAGCGACACAGCCGCAGCCCGAUAAUGUGGAUGCCAAUGUGAAGGAGCAGCAUGCGGAGGACGAUCUGCAGUCGGCGGAGGAGCAGGAUCAGGACCCGGACAUUAUAGAGGCUCAGCCUGCUGCCAAUGAGACGGUGGCUUCCCUCGAGGCUCAGCUGGGCAAGAGCUCGCAUAGCACUGAUGCCCUGGCCAAAAAGUUUCCCCAAGAGACGGAGGCUUUGGUCGCAGCCAAGGACGAUCCCGUCUACCGCCUGGUGAAGGCUGCCGCCUCUGCCCAGGAUCAGGCUCCAAAGACGGAUGAGACUGUGCUGCCACCCUUCCAGCUGGAUUGCUGGAGCGUCUCCAGUUGCGUGCUGGCCGCCCAGUACAAUCAAACCAUCGAGGUGGAGCAGUUCUGUCCCACCUCGGGCUAUUCCCUCAAUGUCAGCUAUGUGGUCCCGGUGUCGCGUUAUCUGCAGGCCAGCAGCCUGGAGCUCCACCUGAGCUCCAACAAGCCGCUGCAGUGGUCCAUCUGCACCGAUGAGGAUCAGGCCAAGCCCAGUGCCAACGCCCAGCUAAACGAGGAUGAUGAGGCACCAUCCGCCAGCGGGGUCAAGAUCCUCAAGCAGCAGGGCAUGAACAAACUGAGUCUGUCCUUGGAUCUUCCCGCCCGCGGCUAUUUCCUGCGGGACUUUAUGCUCCGCGCCAGCCAAGACUUGGAGCAGCAAAAACUAUGCGACGACAACGCUCACCUGGCGAACCCCAUACUCCAGUACAACUGUAGGAUCGUAAGAGAUUGUGAUUAGUUUACAGCUUAAUUUAUGGCACGGAUCAAAUCUGAACUCCAAAAAUAUGCGCAUUGCUAUGUGUGUGUACUGCAUGUUUGAAUGUUGCGGAUACGUCCUGGCACCCGGAAAACUCGUUUAAAUUAGGAAAAUGCGAAAAUGAAACAAAACAAAAAACUGUUGAUCAGCGAGCGGAAGUUGAAAUGAAUACAUUUAUACGUAAAGAAAACAAAUCAUUACUAAACGCAAAACAAUUAUCGACCAUUUUAAUAAAAUAUGUAGAGAAAUCUU